AUGAUUUUCAUUAUUAUUUGUAUCCUUUUUUUUCAACAACUACAAAACGAUCGAGUUCUUGCUGCUAUUGCUAAUGUCAGCGCUGAUUUAGAACUUAUUCGUGUGAAUCAUAAUAUGCCUGGACUAUCUGCUUUAGCUUUCAAAAAUGGAAGUAUUGUUGCACAAGGAGCAUCAGGUUAUCGACGACUAGGUAAUCCAACACCACUUCUCGUCACUGAUCGUAUUAAUCUUGGUUCAAACUCGAAAUGGAUGACAGCCACAGUAGCUGGUCGUCUAGUUGAUCAAAAAGUUCUUUCAUGGACGACACAAGUGCAUGAAUGUUUUUCUAACUUUAUGAGUUUUAAUAGUGCUUUUCGAAAUGCUACUUUAGAACAAUUCUUAGCACAUCGUUCCGGUGUACAACAAAGUACUACUUUCUAUAGUCGUUACUAUGAUGCAUUAUUAGCACAAAAAGGUACCUUUUGUCAAAUUCGUUAUUGGGUUACUGAAACUGUUCUAAAAGAUGUUCCAGAAGUUCAACCGGGUGAAUUUCUUUAUGCGAAUCAAGGUUAUGCUGUUGCUGCUGCUAUGAUGGAACAAAUAACUGGUCGAGAUUGGGAAUCUCUAGUGCAAGAACAUGUCUUUACUGCAUUACAAAUGACAAGUGCUACUAUUGGUGUAGUUUAUGAUGACAUUAUUCCACCUAAAACACCAGUUGGUCAUGAUUUAGCUCCUAAUAAAACAAUACCUGUUCCACAUUGGGUUAAAUUUUUACGUGCACAUAUAAUAGGUGUUAGUACUGGAUAUUUGACUGCUAUAACAGCAGACAAGCUUAAACGUCCAUUUAUAGGUGUAGAAGGUUAUGGUUUAGGAGUUCAAGCUUACAAUCGCACAUGGGCAACACCUGGUCUAGCUCUAGCACAUGGCGGAGAUAUUUUCGGACAUGAAACUGUCUUCUGGAUGACUCCCGGUCGUGAUUUAAUUGUGGCUAUUUUUGCAAAUUGUUUAUCAGUUAAUAAAACUGGAUUAGCUUUAGACAAUGCUGCCAAUCUGCUUCUUGCAAGAUAUGUCUAA